AUGGCGACGCGGAGGAUGCUGACGAUCUGCCAAUGCUGGUGGGGCAUCUCACAUGGCGCCACCGUCUCCAGUGAAGACCUCCGCCUCCUCCUUGCCAUCCUCUUCUGGGACCAUUUCAACACCUCCAAUCUGCCGCGCCACCACCCCAGUUUUUCUGAAGUAGCUGACUUAAGUCCGCAACUGAAUGAUAAAAUGAUUUGGCAUGGCAUGUCGCAGCGGCACUGGUUCUUCCGGCUGCAGCAAGCCGGGAUCCGCGCGCGGUCCGCGCUUGUCUCCGUCGUGUACCAGAAAGGGCUCUCCCUGUCCAGCACCUCCAGACAGAGCCGCACCAGCGGCGAGAUGAUCAACAUCAUCAGCGUGGACGCCGACCGCGUCGGCCUGUUCUCAUGGUACAUGCACGACCUCUGGUUGGUGCCGCUCCAAGUAGGCAUGGCGCUCUUCAUCUUGUACUCCACCCUCGGGGUCGCCUCGCUUGCAGCGCUCGCUGCCACCGUCGUUGUCAUGCUUGCCAAUGUGCCUCCGAUGCAAAUGCAGGAGAGGUUCCAGCAGAAGCUCAUGGACUGCAAGGAUGUCAGGAUGAAGUCCACAUCUGAGAUCCUGCGCAACAUGAGGAUUCUUAAACUGCAGGGGUGGGAGAUGAAGUUCUUGUCCAAGAUCAUCGACCUGCGGAAAACAGAGGAAAGCUGGCUCAAGAAGUAUCUGUACACGUCCACCGUGGCCACCUUCGUGUUCUGGGGUGCCCCGACCUUCGUCGCCGUGGUAACAUUCGGAGCCUGCAUGCUCGUAGGGAUACCAUUGGAGUCAGGGAAGGUGCUGUCUGCAUUGGCCACGUUCCGAGUGCUUCAAGAACCAAUAUACAACCUUCCCGACACAAUCUCGAUGAUGAUUCAGACUAAGGUGUCUCUUGACAGGAUAGCUUCUUUCCUCUGUCUCGAGGAGUUGCCAACUGAUGCUGUGCAGAGGUUGCCAAGUGGUAACUCGGAUAUCGCAAUUGAGGUCAGCAAUGGGUCCUUUUCCUGGGACGCCUCAGCUGAAGUGCCAACGCUGAAGGAUCUGAACUUUCAAGCUCGGCAAGGCAUGCGGGUCGCCGUCUGUGGGACCGUCGGCUCUGGAAAAUCAAGCUUGCUCUCUUGCAUUCUUGGUGAGAUGCCAAAGCUAUCAGGAGAGGUCAAGACUUGCGGAACAAUGGCAUAUGUCAGCCAGUCAGCAUGGAUACAGAGCGGCAAAAUUCAGGACAACAUACUGUUCGGCAAGGAGAUGGACACUGAGAAGUAUGAUACGAUCCUUGAGUCAUGUUCCCUAAAAAAAGACUUGGAGAUAUUACCAUUUGGUGACAAAACGGUCAUUGGAGAGCGAGGCAUCAAUCUUAGUGGCGGGCAGAAGCAAAGGAUUCAGAUAGCCCGAGCUUUGUAUCAGGAUGCCGACAUCUAUUUAUUCGAUGAUCCAUUCAGUGCAGUCGAUGCCCACACAGGCUCCCACCUCUUCAAGGAAUGCUUGCUUGGGGUUUUGGGAUCAAAAACAGUUGUUUAUGUUACGCACCAGAUUGAAUUCCUACCUGCGGCUGAUCUUAUUCUGGUAAUGAAUGGUGGGAGAAUAGCCCAAGCAGGCAAAUACAACGAAAUCCUUGGAUCAGGGGAAGAUACAGUAGAUGGAAAAAAGUUGGACUGUUCUACUGUGCACUUUGACUUGAAAAGUGAAAGUUUACUUGUCAAUUUAAGGGAUCAUCAAUACCCAAUAUGCAAGGUGGCAUUGUGA